GUUUUUCUCAAGGUUGACAGAGAGGUUUGUGAAUGGGGUGGAUAUAUUAAUGGACACAUUCUGGAGAAUAUGGACUGAUUUGUUAGAUGUUCUUGGAAUUGAUGCCUCCAACUUGACUCAUUAUUUCAGCCCAGCGGCAAUUGCCAACAACCCGACCCGUGCUCUUCUGCUGAUUGGUGCCAUUUUACUUGCCUAUUGGUUUUUAUCUCUUUUCCUUGGAUUCUUCUUCUAUCUCCUGCACAUGCUGUUUGGUCGCUUUUUCUGGAUUGCGAGGGUUGCCCUUUUCACUCUCUCGUGCGUGUACAUCCUCCAGAAGUAUGAAGGUGACCCAGAACACGCAGUCCUGCCCCUCUGCUUUGUCGUAGCGGUCUACUUCAUGACGGGGCCAGUUGGAUUUUACUGGAGAAGAAACGGCAACAGCAGCCUUGAGGAGAAGAUGGACCACCUGGAUAGUCAGAUCAGACUUCUGAACAUACGUCUUUCCAGGGUGAUUGAAAACCUGGACAGAGGCAGCGACCAAUGAACCAACCCCUAUAGACCACUGUACACCAGCUCUAGAAAAUUCCUAAGCACUGUCUCAUUCGAAGUUACAAAGCAACAAAACAUCACAUGGUAAAAAGUGCGCAAAGUUAUAACUUUUCAUCAUGUGUAAGACUAAUUUAUCUAGAUUAUACACUCAGCCACUAUACUUGUAGGGGAAAAAAAAAACAUUUAAAAACUUCAGCUGUAUAUUCAGAGAGUUUUAUCCAGCACUAGAAUUUUCUCAGUAGAUAAACGCUUACUUUUACAAGCAUUUAAAAACAUCUUUUGUAAAGUUUUUAUAAAAGCGAAUUGAGUAGUCUUUCAAAUAUUGAAAUUGAGCUAAACAUAUGCAAAUUUGACACUUAAAAAGUUAAAAAGAAAAAAAAAAAAUCUCACGCUACCAAACACUUCCAUUGAGAAGUAACUGCUGUGGGUCCGCAUUUUUUUUUCGAAGUUGCGAAUGUUUUUGUUUUAUUGUUGGCUUAUUUCAUUGCCUUGAAGUUGCCUUUCAUAGAUUAUCAGAUGAGGAAUUUUCUGGUAUCCAGGCCAGAAAAUUCACACCAUAGCUUUUAAUAGGAGGUGGGGAAUAAGGGAGAAGGAAGAUUUCAUAAAUUUGAAGUCCUUAAAUGCCAGUCCAAGAUGAGGAAUUGAGAAGUGCACGUGUGGCGUUAUUUCAUUGCAUUUCAUCUUGAGAACUUUAAUUUGGUGUUUGAAAGGAAAUCUGUUUUAAUAAAUUGACACAAAGGGAAGAGAUGUAGCGUGGCAAAUUGUAAUUCAUAUUUGAUCUUCACAGUGACGCAUUUUCCAAGCAUAAAUGCAUAGAAUAAAACAUGAUUUUUAAUCUCAGGACCCACGUACUUUCUCAAAAAAGGCAGCAGUUGAAACACUUGCAAAUGUAUUGUUGCUUAAAGCUUUCUCAGGACCAAUAAGCGGCAAUAAAUUAUCUUCAGGAAGAUCUGGAUUUUUUUCUAAAAUUGUGAUAGUUUUAUAGGAGCUUUUUGCUUGAAGUCUGUGUCCUCACUAUAUUGGGUUUUGGGGAAGGUGAGUCACCUUACGAGAAGGGUGUAUUAAACAGUCGUAUUUCAAAGUGAUGUAGGAGCUUU